AUGUCGUCCAACACGCGAACCGGCGCCAAACACCGGCUCAUGCAGGAGCUCGCCCAGCUGGGCAAGGAGAAAUGGGUCAACAUCGACCUGGUCAAGGACAACAUCAUGCGUUGGGAUAUCGGCCUCAUCGUUGUCAACCCCGAGAGCGCCUUCAACGGCGGCUACCUCAAGGCCGAGAUGACCUUCACCGAGGAGUACCCCUACCAACCGCCUACGUUCAAGUUCCUGAUCCCCAUCUACCACCCCAACAUCUACCCGGACGGCCGGCUGUGCAUCUCCAUCCUGCACACCCCCGGCGAGGACAUCAUGUCCGGCGAGGCCGCCAGUGAGCGCUGGUCACCACUGCAGGGCGUCGAGUCCGUUCUCCGGUCCGUCCUGCUCCUCCUGGACGACCCGGAGAUCAACUCACCCGCGAACGUCGACGCCGGCGUCGUCUACCGAGACAACCGCGCCGAGUACAACAAGCGCGCCGCCGAUAUCGUCGAGCGGUCCAAGAGGGACAUGCCCCCGGGCUUUGUCAUGCCCUCCACGCUGGUUGACGCCCCGCCGCCCAAGGAUGACGACGACGCCUUCUGGGCCGAGAGCGAUGAGGAGCUGGACUUUGGCGGAUCCGACACGGGCGAGGAGGACGAGGAGGAGAUGGCCGACUUUGACGAGGACGGCGCCGAUGAGGAGAACGGAAGCGAGGACGACGAUUCCUAG